AUUCAGUUCUCCAUUCUCGUCCCAAAUUCCCUCCCUCCCUCCCGCCCUCUCUAAAACCCUAGCGAGAGGAGGGGGUUUUCGCACGUUCCGAUCCUCCCGGUUCCGACCGCAGCUUCAUCGUCCGUUCGAAUGCCGACCGCGUCCGCCGUCGCGGAACCUCGGAGCCGGAACUGAGGGAAAUCCCCGUCUCGAAGAGGGCCGGAGGAGCCGGCAUAGAGAAUGUCGUCCUUCUCUUUCUUUUCGACGCCGCAGCCCCAGCAGCAGCACCAAUCUCCGUCCCUGUUCCAGCCCCAGCAGCAGCAGCAGCAGCAGCAGCCGCAGCAGAGCACUCCACUUUGGUCGCAGCAGCAGCAGCAGCAAACCCAGCAGCAGAUUCAGCAGCAGCAACAGCAAACCCAGCAACAGAUUCAGCAGCAGCAGCAGCAGCAGCAGCAGCGGCGGCUUUAUCUUUUCACGAACGACAAGACGUCGGCGAGCUACGGCACCAAGUGGGCGGAUCUCCACCCGGAUUCCCAGAAGAUCCUGCUCCAGAUAGAGGAGAAGAUAUUGGAGUACAGGGUCGAGAGCCAGAAGCUCGAUCAGUGUAGCCGCCUUUAUGAUUCCUCUGUUUCCAGUGACGGUUUUGAGCAUGACGCGAGCCAUAUUAUACAGGAGCUUGGUGGAAUCAGCACCUCUAUGGAACGCCAAAAAGCUUUGCUGCAGGAGCUGAUGGCUGCUGUUAAAGAUAUGCUACGCAACACUGAGGUAGCGGUGCGUUCUUUCAUGAUGCUGCGACCAAGGUUCAUUCAUUCAAAUGCUGGAAGCAGUACAAAUGCCACAGCACCAUCCCAAACCCCAGGAGCAACGGUUACUCCGAGUUCAAGCGGUCAACCAGCAUCAACCUCUGUAGUUCCCGUAUUUGAUUUCUACAGUGGACUUCCAAAGAAACCUUCUCCGUUUUUACAGCAAACAGUGGCCAGAUUUGAGAAGUAUCUUGGUGCAUGUCGCCAGUGGGUUGAAGAGUUGGAGCAGCUCUUGCUGUUAGAUUCAGACAGGAAUGGUACCAAUCUUAGUUCCUCAUUGGUGGAAUCUCUUCCCAAAGUCAUAUCAAAUGUGCACGAUUUUUUUGUUCAUGUUGCGGCUAAGGUGGAGAGCAUUCAUCAAUACAUUGGAUCAAUGAAAACUGCAUAUCUUGCUGAUCAACGCCAUCGAGGCGAUGGGAAUGAUCCGUUUCUUGAGGCAGACAGACGCGAGACCGCCAGACAAGAAGCUGCUUCCAGGAGGGUACAUCCAACCUUGCAUUUGCCUCCAGUUUCUCAACCUUCAACACAAGUUGCCGGGCUUUUUGCUAGCUCUGCUACUCCAGGGGCAUCGACUGCUCCCCAGACAUCUAGGGCAAUUGUAUCUGCAUCAUCUGGAAGUGGUUUAUCGCUUUUUAGUACACCGUCUUCUGCUCCUUCUAUGUCGUCAUCUUCUUUAUUUGCAACGCCUAGCACGUCAGCUCCAGUUUCUUCUCUUUUUGGAACUGCUGGCACUUCUCCUCAGACGCCACAAUUUGGUUCUUCUUCAUCGGCUUCUUUAUUUGGGUCUGCGUCGACUCCCUCAUUGUUCGGAAGUAGUGCUCCAUCUUUAGGUUCUACCCCUGCUAUCGGUGGUUCACUUUUCUCUACACCAUUUGCAUCAGGUGCUGCAACUGGAUCUGGAGCAAGCUUUGGCAAUGUAUCUAAAUCAGCAAGGCCAAAGUCUCGGACAGCUCGUCGUUAGUGAGUGGCAUUCACAUGACUAACUCCGGCUGCUAUCUCACACUUCCUAAAUCUUUCUUUUGGCCACCUUGACUAUAGAAAAACAAGAAGCUCGAAGAGGUCGCCAAAUGUUCUUUAAAGAGUUGCAAUUUGAUUCCUUUUUCUUUUUUCUUCUGUGGGACUAGUCUUAGAUCACUCUCUUCUGGGAGGUCGACAUCAGGAACAUGUUACUAAAUUGUGAGUGAUAUAGGGGAUCUCUUUUGUAGCUCUAAAUUCACAUUUAGGUUUAGUGUCUGAGUACACUUUCACUAACAUUGUAUGGUUAUAUCUUGUAAAAUGGCCUUUGCAACUGAAUUGCCUUGAAGAAGUUUGAAGUUCACGCUGCA